CCGUGUUGUCAAUUUUAUGAAGAUAAUCACGCCAUGUUGAGUGUGUGUCACACUUAUUCAGCAAUGUUUGGAUUUGUCAUUAUUUUCAAUCGAAACAACAAAACACCUGUUCAUGGUGCAGAUGAAGAGGUGGGGAAGAACCUACUGGAGGCCUGUAAUGGAAAUCUGGAGCUGGCAAUAGACAUGCACAUGGACAGUGAGGGCCCCCCUGCCUCCGUGGACCAGGGUGGGGCAUCGGCCGAACGUAACAGCCCAGCUACAAGAGGGGCAUCUUCUUCCGCGCCAAUUGACUUAGAGGAUGAUAUAAGAGCCCCCAUACCUCAGAGGAAUGAGACUUUAGUGGAAGACUUACCAGCAUUCGUUUCAGCCCCACACAUGGAGGAAAUGCUCCAUCCACAGGACAGUGUUCUACGAGGAAGACGGAGACAAGCUCGGUCCGUUUUUGAUGGCUUCCGUGAUUUUCAAGCAGAGGCUCGGCAACAAGAGGAGAUGAUGAGGCGGGGAUCCAGUUCCUCCUACAAAAAGCGGACUCUGGAGGAUCUGUUCAGGCCCCCAAUAGAUAUCACGUACAAAGGGACGUUUGCCGGCGCCCGGGAGGCAGGCACAGAACUGAACAAGUACAUUAUGGUCAAUGUACAGGACGUGAAGGAGUUUGUCUGCCAAGCACUGAACCGUGAUGUAUGGAGCCAUGAAGGGGUCAAGGCCAUUGUCAAGGACCAUUUUGUCUUCUGGCAGGUUUACCACGACAGUGAAGAGGGUGGGAAAUUCAAGCAGUUCUAUAAAGUGGAAGAAUACCCAUAUAUAGCUAUUAUCGACCCAAGAACAGGAGAAAACAUGGUGACGUGGAGCAGUGGACUCGAUGCGGUGACAUUUUGUGAUUUAGUCACACACUUUCUGGCGGAACAUCCAUUUUCAGACGAUUCCCUCAGUGAACAACAGCCAUCAAAGAGAGCUAAACAGGAACCAAGCGUAGUGGAUCUAAGUGAAGAUGAUCAAAUACAGGCAGCCAUUAAAGCCUCCCUUCAGGAGCCACGCAAAUCUGUGACGUAUAUUUCUGACAGUGAAGAUAACCAUGAAGACGACGACGAUAUUGAAACGUUUUCAGACACAGAAGAGGACUCCCAGUCAUCUCCUGUUAAAAAAAAUGUCUCUAAAAACUGUUCUCAAAAUAAAGUCUGCUCGGACAGUGAUGAAAUAUCAAGUUCCUCAAAAGUGAAAAACUCGGUAAACAACGAUGAAUGCAAAGAAUGUGAAUUGAACAAUAUCGAGAACGGUGAUUCAAAAUCGGACUCAAAUUGCAGUGAUGAUAGUUACAAGAAUUACCUCGGGAAAGAAUCAGACCCUCAAACUUCCAUCAUGAUUCGAUUUCCAGAUGGCAAGCGACAGCAGUUAUCCAUGUCUUCUAAUUCAAAACUCAUGGCGCUUGUUAAGUAUGUAGCGGAACAAGGAUACCCCAAUGAACGUUACGAAUUGCUCACAAAUUUUCCCAGGAAGAAGCUGUCUUACAUGGAUUUUGACAUCACUAUACAGGAGGCAGGGCUCAAUCCUCAGGAAUCCGUCUUCGUCCAGGCCAGGUGAACACAACAGGUCCCAGAAAAAAGCUCAACUUCUGUCAGGAAAAGAUGGUCACUCAGGUGUAAGGAGAUAAAGUAAUUUUUCUGUGAUCUUCAGGGAACUCACGGAUCAUUUAUACAUAUUCUGGAGAGUGGUUCACGGACGAUUAGAUUUAAACUGAAAGGGUCAUCCAAGAAAACGAAUGUGAAAGUCGCUGGACUUGAGAUUAUUCUUUUUGAUGAGUUUUUAUUGAAUUGCAGUGUUUUCUGUACGAAUCAUGCAUUAAUACUGAAUUUGUGAUGUUUUGAAAUAUCUGUGGAGGGGUGUGCACUAAAAUAACAAGUCUGUAUUCUAAGAAUAGAGGUAAACCUGAGAUGGAUGAUCAUGGUCUAGGAAAUAAUAAAAAGUGUUAAGUGUUUUAAACAGUCUGGUGAUUGCAUUCAACCAGAGACAUUUGUUACUGAUGCCGUGAGACAGGAAAUACGUUGUUAUUUUGGUGUUAAUAUUACAAGUAUUACCCAAAAGUACUUAAAAUUGUGGCUCAUUCAAAGACAUGUAACGCACAACAAGAAACGAAAGUUUCCAUUUCUCACUUAAAAUUUUUAAAAGACGUACCGGUAUAUUUUAUAUUUGAUAUAUGUUUUAUUAUUUUAUGAAUAUUUGUGACAUUAAUACAUUUUAUGGCUAAUGUAUUUAUAUAAUAAAACAAAUAGUAACGUGUCCUUA